AAAAGGUCAAAAUGCGUGCGACCACGAGGGACUGGGACUGGGCCUGCAGCGCCCCGGUGGUUCAGUGCGACGACCCAACAAGUAGUCCGCCAUUGCCACCACAUGCGAAGAGACCUUUCCUUGUGGAGUUCAUGUUGGCGGGUAGUGCGACAGCGUUGGCCACGAUUGCGUCGAAUCCGAUGGAGGUGGUUAAGACGCGAAUGCAAUUGCAGGGCGAACUCGCUGGUAAAAAUGACCGUCUAGCGUACCGUAGCUUUCGGCAUGCGCUCUACAUGAUUGGCAAGACGGAAGGCAUCCGCGGGCUUCAAAGUGGCCUCGUGGCUGGCAUGGCGUACAACGUGGUCAUGAACGGCGUCCGUCUCGGCGGGUUUGGGAAAUUGCAACAAGCUGUGGGGGCCACCAACCCCUCGGACCCGACAUACUUCCUUCGGAAUGCUAUGGCCGGCGCCAUGUCCGGCUCCAUUGCAGCUGUGUUUGGAAGCCCAUUCUUCCUUGUCAAGGCUCGUUUGCAAGGCCAACAACGCAACCCCAUCGUCCGCACGCCCUUGAGGCACAACUCGACACACCAUUACUCUAGCAUGAUGGAUGGAUUCCGUCAAAUUGUGCGCACCGAAGGUCCCUAUGGUUUGUGGCGGGGGACUCGCAGCCAAAUGGCUCGAUUAGCUGUCGGCACAGCCGCUCAAUUGUCGACGUAUACAUCGUCCAAGCACGCCGUGCAAACCUGGAUGCAGUUGCCAGAUGGAGUGUGGGCUCACAUUGGAGCUGCGGCCGUUAGCGGCUUGGUCGUCACAACAUGCAUGCAUCCGUUCGACGUGGUGGCGACGCGGCUGUCCAACCAGCCUGUUGUAGCUGGUCGGGGCCAGCUAUACAGCGGGGUGGUGGACUGCUUGCGAAAGAUAUGGGCGACUGAAGGCCUGCGGGGGCUAUGCAAAGGAUGGACCGCCCACUACUUUCGCGUGGGGCCGCACACGAUGUUCACGUUCGUGCUGUGGGAACAGCUGCAGCGACUCGCCCACGAGAUCGCGGGGCUGUAGCUGACUACACUCUCUCCACCACGUUGACACUAUUGAUUUACAGUUAAAAUAACCAAGAGAUCUAUUUAAUUCCUGCACAAUUGCUUCAGCAGCCGCCUCAGUUUGCGCGCCGUGGCCACGUGGGGCUGUCGCAUCAACUCGACAAACUCGUUCUUGACUGUAAUCGCUACCCCUGGUUUGGGAAACGCUGCAUCUGACGUCAACACUUGGGUGGUCCAGAGCUCCAGUUGCACGGGCUCGAACGCACGCCCCGCGUGCAGAAAUGUUUCCGCGACGGCAUCCAUGGUGUCAUCCAAGACGGCGGUCGGUCCAAGGCGGGUGGUGGCGGCAAAGAGGCGCUGGAAGAACGCUGGCAUGCGUGGCACGACGUACGACCAGACGUCGUGGUGGAACGAAUUUGGGGGAUGCAUGAUUGCCUUAUUGGAUGACGAUGAGGCUGCAGCCAGAUGAGCCCACUGCCACGACGCUUGAAAGAACCGAAACAGACUCGGGUUCGCACACCCGAGGCUCAACGCUUCGGUGGCGAACGCGAAGAAGAACUCGAAGCACGCCGCUCGACCAAACAACCACGGGGCACUCGUCCCCCCGAUGAUGACAAAGUCAAACACCCCCGCGACGAGGUCGUCGUCGGCUAGCGACAGCUGGGACGCGCGGCUCGCGACGUGCGAGAACGUGAGCACGAGCAGCCGGUUCAGGUCCGCCGUCUCGUUCGACGCACAAUGCAAUGUCGAAGCAACGGCAUCGAGGAAACCACGGCAGCCGGUGGCGUCGUACGCGUCCAUAAACAUGGGGAUGACCGAGAGCGCCAGGGAGGCUGCGUCGACGCCGACAUGCCGAAACAGCGUCGAGAACACGACGCUGACCUUGGACUGGAUCGGCAACGACUGGGUGUGCGUGAAGAUCAAGUGCAAAGUGGACCAAUUCAGUUGGAACACGUGCAACAUGGGGUGCGUCCCACGACUCGAAUGUGGCGGAAGCGGGGGCGGCAGCGAGGCUACGAGGGUUUGCAGGUGGCCCAGCACGAGCAUGAGGCUCUUGCGGGCAUGGUCGUUGCUCUGGGGGACCAGCGUUUCCAUUUCGUCAAACAUGACUCCGCACAAGUCGACGACGGCGGGGGUGGCCGUGUCGUAAUAGUUGUCUGGUGGCACGGCCGCCACGGCCGCAUAUGCCUCUAGCACGAGCCCGAGGCUCUUGUCGGUCAUUUUGGGGGCGACGUGGAGGUUGGCGCAGUACACAGCUUUCAUGGCUUGUAGCCAGUGCAGCUCGGAGGACGACGAUGCCAUGAGAUUAGCGCAUCGGGAGCUCAUCUUGACGAGGGCAACUGCGCCAAUGUGGUCUUCGGCCACGCGCAUAGGGCAUAUUGAGUCGUCCUCGGAGCAUUCAAAGCAUUUGGACAGAAUCACGUAGAUGGCGGGGAGGGCGGCAGGGUGUUGUGCUGUCCACGUGUGUAGGACGCUCAAGAAGACAGCGGUCGUGCGCAACAGCGACUUCAACACCACAUCCAGCGAAGACGAUGUACAAAGGCGGGCGAGGUUGUCUAGGAUACGGAACACAAACAUCUCGUCUGAAUCAGGGAUGAUCUUGGCCAUGGCACUGAGCGCGUGGAGGUACAUCUCCAGCUUGGACAGGCGAAUGGUAUUUCGCGCAAACUCUUCAAACAACAAUGUCGUGAGCUCUUGUACGAAAUGGUGCUGGUAGUGCAGCGCUGGCUGCGUGAGCGACCGAAACACUGUGCGCAUAUCCUUGCGGUACUGGUAAAAGUCGUCGCUCGCG